GCCACUUUUAGAUUUCAUCUGUGGUACCGUUGGUGAUAAUAGGCCAUGUACUUUGGGUCUCUACUCUGUGAUUCCGUGUCGGCAACAUUUGGAACGAAUCCGUCGACAGGAACUUUUGAAUGCGUGUGGUGUAAAGAAAACUAGUUUUUAAUAACUUGUGCUGUGAAGUUUAUAGUAGGUGCAGUACGUAUUAAUAAUCCACGAUCGAAGUAUUUUUGGGAAUUCUCAUAAAGUUGGAAUAACUGUCACAACAAGAAUGUUGUCUUUGAAAUGUUGAUUGGUGACAACUUGGCUGCCAAAUCCACAUCACUGAAGAAGGAAGUUGCAUGGGGAAUGUGAAUAGUUUUUAAAUGCCAGUAGGUAUUACUUUCAGCCUGUCCAUUAGUGUAGUAAGUCAUACAUAUAAAUCAAGUAAAUUUUAUUUCCACGUUACUGAAGUGACAUUAGAUUUUUUUAAGACAUAGAUCAUGUUAAUGGAGUGAUAUUAGCAAAGCAAAUUUUUUUUGCAUUGGUGAUAUAUUUUUGCAUAUUUUUUUGAGAAGUGACCCAGAAUCAUAUCAAUGGUGGACAUGGCUGGAGUUGGAUAUGGGCGUUCGGGAGUGUUAGAGACGCAUGUAAGAGGUCAAUGGUAUCGAGUGUUUGUGACAUUGGAAGAUGAUUACCUGAGCAUAAGUUUAGAUGAGAGUUAUGAGAACUCUACAACGCUCAAUGGGAGUUUGAAUAACAAUAACAACAACAACAAUAAUGUUGAUUCUGGUACAGGACUCAUGGACGCUGUUGAUGUGCCAGAGUCAGUUGCUAAUCAAAAAAGACGUGUGAGAGUGGUCAAGUCUGACAACAAUGGUUUAGGGAUAUCAAUUAAGGGUGGGAAAGAAAACAAAAUGCCCAUCCUCAUAUCAAAAAUAUUUAAAGGAAUGGCAGCAGAUCAGACUGAACAGCUUUAUGUGGGUGAUGCCAUUCUCUCUGUGAAUGGUGAAGAUUUGAGAGAUGCCACACACGAUGAAGCAGUAAAAGCAUUGAAGAGAGCUGGAAAAGUUGUUGAAUUGGAAGUGGUGACUUCGUUCUAUGUUACAGUCAAGUACCUUCGAGAAGUGACACCGUAUUUCCGUAAGGCGAGUAUCAUCUCAGAAGUUGGAUGGGAACUCCAAAGGGGGUUCUUGUCCGGAGCUCCCCCGAGUCCGCACUCGCCCCAGCGAGCCGACACACGUUAUCUGCCCCUCCAACUCUGCUACCUCGUAAGAAAUUACAGACACACCGAUCCAGAAAGUCGAACGCUGGAGCUGCAUUCGCCAGAUGGAGUACACAGCUGUGUACUGCGAGCUUCAGACCCCAAUGAAGCGACCGCCUGGUUCAACACCCUACAUUCGGCACUGAAUGUGUUAACCACGCAGGCAUUGCAGGAAGCGAACAGAGCGCUGGGAGCUGUUCUCGGGGAGCUGCAGCACAUAGGCUGGCUGGCACGGAAGUCUGCCUCCACGGAGAGUGGGCGGGUGAAUUCAGAAAGCAGCGAUGAUCCUGAACGUUGGCAGUCAGUUUUUGCAGCCGUUACAGAGAGAGAGUUAAGAUUAUAUGAAUCUGCACCUUGGAGCCCAGAAGCUUGGAGUGCCCCUGUUGACACAUGUCCCCUUCUGUCCACAAGAUUGGUGAGCUCAAGCCGACAGACAGACAUGAUAACUUUCAGUGUACGCUGUGGAAUGCCUGAAGGAGUUGUAACUCACCAUCUGCGUGCUGAGACACACCGUGACCUUGCAAACUGGGCACGAGCUCUAGUACAGGGUAGUCACAACUGUGCCCAAACCCAGCGGGAACUUGUCUGCCGCUGCUUAUGGCAGGGACAACCAGCGCAGCUGAUACUCCAUUAUGAAAAUGGAUUUACACUGAUGGAGGUACUGAACACCUUAACAAGGCGUGAACCUAGAACUCUGUGGAAGUUCCCAUUUGAACGGUUGCGAAUGUCUGCUGAUGAUGGCGCCCGAUUACUCUGGCUUGACUUUGGUGGUGAAGAAGGAGAGAUGGAACUGGACUUGGAAAGCUGUCCAAAACCUCUGGUGUUUAUCCUGCACAAUUUUUUGUCAGCCAAGAUCCAUCGCCUGGGCUUGUAUGCAUAAUGCAGCUUUAUAACUGCACAGUGUCCUUUCAGUGAGUAGAGAAUCAUACAGACACAUUUCUACUCACAUUCUGAAAAAAUGUAACAUUUUUUAAACUGAAUCUGGGGAGUUCGAUCCAUUAGAAAGAGCUAGUUUCUUGAGAGUAGGUCUGUCUGUUGCAACCAAUGGAGCUCUUCAUAAUGGAGUGAACUGCACAGGUGCCUCGUGACCUUUUCACAUGAGAAUGGAAACAGAUUCCGUUUCCAAAUGUUGUGUUUCUUUGGAAUACUAUGAUUGUUGAAGUCAAAACACAGUAAUCCCAGGACACAGUUCUGAUUUGGUAACACCACUGUUUUGGGGGUCUCAAGAGUUGCAGCAAUAUUAUCUUAAUUUGCUGCAGAGUAUGAUAACAUGUCAUAUUAAUUGCAAAAAAAAAAAGGGUUUUAAAACUAUGGACUAAUUAAUCCAUUUGUUCAAAAUUCAUGGGUUUCCUUACUUUGUCACGAAGAUUCAGAAUCUUCCUCGAAGAUAAAUACUGAGAAAACUAAAAUGAUGGCUUUUACAGAAUGCAAGCAAUUAAAAGCAAGAAAUGCAUUUAUGAUUAGGAUACUGGACCAAAUUAAUACUUUUAAUUAUUUGGGAUAGAAUGAGAAAAGGGUUUGAAUGCAAAAAUAGUAAAUAUUUUAAAAAUAUUAGGAAUUGUAUGUCAGAUUUUCAAACCAUCAGUGGUUUCUAGACACGCAAGAAUACAAAUUUAAAGACCCAUUUAGAUAAACAUUAUCAUAUGGUGGUGAAUAAUGGUCAGUAAGCUAUUGGCAGAAAUGCAUUUCACAAGGAGGAUAGCUGGAUGUACAGUGCUGGACCAUGAAAGAAAUGCCAUCCCCUAACUCACAUAAUAAUGGCAAUAGAAUUUGAGGUUCUCACAGUCAUGGUUAGCAAGGCUCAUAUCUUCGGGGAUAUAACACCAUGUAAAGGUAAAGU